AUGAAAGCACCAAUUGAUAGGAAUGAAAGAAGUUUCAUUUGUGCUGAUACGGGUGCAUUGGUGGAAGAAUCUACCAGACGGUUUCAUCCUUAUAAAAACCAGAAUAUUAUAUUUUCUGUGAAAGAGCUAUCUGAAAUUAAGAGAGUUGCUACUGGACAUCUACAUCUUUUAGGGUUCAAGCCAUUGAGUUGCUUGAGAGAUUAUUACAACAUGAAGCCAUCAACUUUCCUUUAUCCAAGUGAUGAGGGUACAGAUGGUAGCAUGUGUACCUUCAUUGCCCUUCAUAAGUCUAUGAUACAGCUCAACCGGAAAUGCUGUGACGCUCUCUCUCUCUGA